AUGCGGCGCGCCACCACAGCCGACAUCCCCAGCAUUGUCGACGUCUACAUGGACUCCUUCAGCGAGGAAAUAUUUAGCCGGCAAGUGUAUCCCCGAGGCGUGCCGUCGUCGACCGCGUACUGGACGCAAGCCGUCCGGGAAGAAAUGGAAGAACCGGACGCCGUGUGGUUCGUCGUGACCGAGCCUGCCGACACCGCUAUCCCUGAUGAUGACGGCAACGAGACAGUCCAGGGCUUCCUCAAAUGGACCCGGCCCGGGUCGCCGCUCCCGGAGCCCGCCGACUCCGCCACCGCCGGUCUGUAUCCGCCCGAGGGCGAGCCGGCGGUCGCGGUCGCGUACUAUGAGCGCAUCAUGGCCGCACACCGGGAGCGCAUGGCCGGCACGCCGCACUGGUACCUGGACAUGAUGGGCGUGCGGCGCGCGUGCCGGCGCCGGGGGUACGCGCGCGCCAUGGUGGCCUGGGGCGUCGGGCGGGCGGCGCAAGAUGGAUGCCCAGUGUACGUGGACGCGACGGGGGACGCGAGGGGGUUCUACGUGCGAAUGGGGUUCGCGACGCUGGGGGAGUUGCGGGUAGUGACGCCGCAGGGAGAUGCCAAGAUUUAUCUGAUGUUGCUGAAGUCGUGA